AUGCCUUUCAAGAAAUUCAGGCCGAAGUUCUCUAUCUACCAAGUUUGCGUUACUAUACUCGAAGCAAGACAUUUACCACAAAAUGCGAAUCCGCUGGUCGUCGUCAAAGUUGGAAAUCGCAAGAGAAGGACAGUGUUACGUGAGAAGACUGACAAUCCUAUUUAUAACGAGUACUUCGUAUUCGACUUCACAUGCAGUUUGGACAAUCUACUAAACACGAGAAUCACGAUAGCAGUCUAUCUGCGCAACUUUGUUCGGCUAAAGUUUCACGGAAAUACUUCCUUCGAAGUUGCCACAGUAUGGGAACAACCAGAUCGUCAAUACUAUCAUAAGUGGGCUGUGUUAACAGAUCCAAAGGAUCUGACGGCGAGUCCAAAGGGUUACGUAAAGUGCAACAUUCUGGUGAACGUCAAGGAUGAGAAAGUCAAGGUGCAUCCAGAAAUAUUAGAUGAAGACGAUAUCGAAGGGAACCUCCUGCUUCCUAUCGGUGGUGAGAAACUGCCGUUCAGACAACGUGCUCGAUACGUUUUCAUUGUUUAUCGCGCCGACGGUUUACCC